AUCGGAGCAGUCACUCGAUAGCCAUGUUCCGCAACAAGGUGCUCGUGCGCGCCAUCCCCUCCUCCGCGCCACCGCCGCCGUUCCUCCUCCGCCAGGUUUCCUUCUCGGCCGCCGCCCCAUCUCUCGACCUCGACAUCCUCUGCUGCAGGCUUUCCCGCAGCCACCGUCUUGCGUGCCUACCGCAGCCCCCAACCGAUGCCCUCGUAAUCUACCAGAGAUGCCAGUCUCGCGCGGCCGACGAGGUAGUCUCCAAGAUCGCGGCCGCCUUCCCGAUCGCUUCGGUCGGCGAGGAGGAGGAGGUGGUGUGUUCGGGCUCGCUGGUUGCGAAAGCGAUUGAGUGUGGGCUGCGCUGUUUGAUGCUUGAGCAUGGAUGGAGUUUUGUCGGAGAGAGCAUAUAUGUUGAGACGAUGUUUGCUGCAAGUGAGGAGAGGACUGAUCUGUGCGCGUUGAAUGUGGUAUGGUGUUUCUGACUCUGUUCAAGAAGCGCUAUAUUGCUGCAUCGUGUCUUCUCCAUUUGUGGACAUGAUUAUGCAGGAUUACAGGAUGGUCAGUUCAAACCUGAUCCAUGCAGACACACAGUGACGAAAUGGUUGGAACGCGAUCAUGUAAAGAACAUGGUCAAACCCCAUCCAACAUAGGAGUAGAAAUCACUGUUUAGUUUGUAAGGAAGACCUUGCAUGGCCCGAGCUUUGUUUGAGGAAGCUCGAUGCAAUUGGAAUCGAAUCAAUGUUGAUUUUGUGUGGAGUCCGUGUUGGACUCUAGUAACAUGGGUCCUAUAAUAAGGGGGUGGCCACACAAUGUAACCAUGACAACACAAUAGCGAUAGGCUCGCAGGAGGGCUGGCGACUUGUGCCGCCGCCCAGGGUGGCCGAAUUGCAGUAUUAUGGGGAGGAGCGCAUGUAGUCAUGCUCCGGGGAUGUAGGCUUCGGCCAACCUCGUUAACAAAUAUCGUGCAUCGAUCUCGAUGUCAUCCUUAAUAUUGCAUCCCCCCUAAUUUCGUAACAAGUGGCUGAUCUAGCAUGUCUGGAUGUGAAGGUUGAUGAUGAAGACAAUUCCAUAGUUCUUUUAUGUGCACUGCCAUAGUCUCGUGAGCAUUAAUCCACCACUUUGAUAUAUGGCAAGGAAACCAUCAAGAUUGAGGAUAUUACUGCAACGUUAUUUGCACAUGAUAUGAAAAAGAAAAACAGGAAAGACGAUGUAGAUGCAAAUUCUCAUGUCGAGGGUUUGGUUGUCAGGGGUGAGAUCAGGAAUGGACAAGGGGCAGAGAGUACGUCCAAGAACAAGAAGAAGGUGCAGUGCAAGGAUUGGGGACAUAUGAAGAGGGCCGAAACUGAAAGGAAGUCAGAUCUGGACCAAAUGAUCAUUUUGACUUUAUUGUCUCACCUGAUGCAUUUCGGUUUACUGCACAUAAGCUCCAGUAUGAUGGAAACAUUCGAACAUAGUAAGGAAGUAAGUUUGGAUGGUUGUAACCUUCAGACAGCUUGUGCAAUUCUUCCAACACUUAAGGAAUGCCAUGUGAUUGCUUUUAGCAAAUCACUUCCUCCAGGACACAGCUUGGACAAGUUUAUAGAGUUUUGUUCAAUUAAGCAUGGUUUAGAGACGAAUUAUAGUUAUCAUGCAGCAGUCAAACUGACACAUGGAGAUUCCUGGGAGAAGCAAUGGUUGCCUUCUUCAUUCAUCCUCCAAGGUUCAGCACUUCAACCUGCCCUAAAAUCUGUUAGAGCAUUAAAGGCAAUGUCUUCUUUGCGAUCAUUUAUAGAAUUUUUGAAAGCUUGGAAUUUCUUUGGCCAGCAUCAACUAGUAAUUAAGGAGCAGUUGAUACUUAACUGUGCAACAACUCUGCCUAGUUGGAAGAAAGCCAUAACAGUGCACACUGCAAGAGCUGACUAUUCAGAGGAUUUUGGUUUGUCUCGUCCACAUUUGAAAGAAAAAUUACUGACUCUAGACUUCCGCACCCCAAAACCAGCUGUCUUCUGCUCUUUGAGUGCCAAGUUGGGCAAUACUAAAGUUGACGAGAAAGCUCUGUCUUCGGAUGAUGAUGGCACUGGCAAUGGCAAAGGUUAUACCGGCCAUGGUUUUCAAUCACAACCUAUUGUCCUAACCAGCUCAUUCAAAUCACAUGUUGCAUUGUUGAAGCCUUCAUUCAGCAGACCUAAACGAGCAGAUACAAACAACACGAGGCAUUUUUCUGUAGAAUCAUCUGAUGCUGAUAGUUUAAACAAAUUAAGUGAUACUAGCCUGCCAAAAUCAUCACUCAGAUGUUUUACUAAAGCAACACAUGCUAACCCUGUCAAUUCAUCAAGUGCAAGUAAUAUAAAGCAAGUCAUUCAGGAGGUGCAAGAAGGCCACCAAGGAGGGGACCACGCCAGAAACUUUAAGGCUUCUGAGUAUCUGAAAAGGAAGCAUGCAGAAUUUCUGGGGAACAGUGGUGAAGGAGGAAAUGUAAAAGAUUAUAUACCAGAUGUCCUGCAAGAGACAAGAUCAAUGCCAGAUAUUCAGGAGGAUUUUCUUAGCACAAAAGCCAUACAGCCAAAAUCAAAGUCUAUGGGUUGCAAGGGCAAGAUGACUGCAACAACAAAAUUGAAAAGAAAGCCAGAAGUUGUUACAAAUGAGUUUAACAAAAAGAUUGAAUUCCUUCAGGUGGUAGAUCAUCAAAAGGAUGAGUUUUCCAAAAAGAUAACAAGGGUGAAGGUGAAGGCUAAGGAUGAGUUAACUUCAACAAGGACAAAAGCAAGAUUAGAUGUUGACAAGGAUGAGUUAAUGGCAAAGGUGAUAGAUCAUCAUAAGCGAGGUGAGCUGCAUUUGCUUACAGUUGCAGAAUUGAAGGGCUUCCUCAGUACAAAGAAAGCAAAGGUUGGAGGUUCAAAGGAAGUGCUUAUCCAGAGAGCAAGUGAACUCCUUUCUUGACAUAGGUAUCGCUGUUCACAUGUAAGUCCAAGCCUAAAAUGUUCAGUACAGUGCUGGAACAUAGUGUAGCUCUGCUAUGUGUUCAUAUAGUGGACUGGCAACAUGAUAUUAGAAGCAGACAUAACAUGAUACUCCCUCCGACCGGUAUUAAUUGUCUCAAAUUUGUCCAAAUAUGGAUGUAUCUAUAUGUAAAAACGUUUAGAUACAUGUAAUAUUUCGACAAGUAAUUCCGUCCGGAGAGUA